CCAGCACGCGGCUUCGGCGUCAGCUCUGAUUGGUGGCUGUAUCCGGGACGCGGUGACGCCAGAGGCUGGGUUCCGCGCGGAGGAGCGGGAGGCGGUUGUGCGGGGCUGACUGAGAGGGCACCAUGAGUAAAGCGCACCCGCCCGAGCUGAAGAAAUUCAUGGACAAGAAGCUGUCACUGAAGUUAAACGGUGGCCGACAUGUCCAAGGGAUAUUGCGAGGGUUUGACCCUUUCAUGAAUCUAGUGAUAGAUGAGUGUGUGGAGAUGGCACAAGGUGGACAACAGAACAAUAUAGGGAUGGUGGUAAUACGAGGAAACAGCAUCAUCAUGUUAGAAGCUUUGGAACGAGUAUAGCUUAAUCAGUGAAUUCCUGCCUAAUGCUGUGAUAAACCUUUUUUAACUCCAGCUAUCUUAACUAAUGAAGACCUUUUCUAGGAACUGUACCUUCCUUGUGUAAACUUAUUUUUGUUAAAUAAAUUUUGCAAUGGUUAACGUAACUUGA